CACGCUUGUCAACUUGGCAGCGAUACGUGCUAGUUUUCACGGCCCUGACCGGUGGGAAGUCCUUAGAACGUACUUAGCACACAGAAAGCUGGUGAAGUAAUUUAAUUUCCUACAAAAUAGAAAACAUGGCAAAGAAGCAAGAAGACGUUAAGAAGAGAACAGUACUAGUUGCUGUAGAUGGCAGCGAACACAGCGAGAGAGCUUUUGAUUGGUAUGCAAAGAAUUUUUAUCGAAAGGAUGAUGAGAUAUUGGUGUUCCAUGCAGAGGAGGUACCAACACUACCAGCCACGCCAUAUCCAUAUGGUUUUGAAUUUGCUGAUGGAUGGAAGAAGCAUCUUGAAGAAAGUGACAAAAAAUCCCGCACACUUUUAGAAUCCUACUACAAGAAAUGCCAAGAAAGCAAUCUGAAAUGCCGGCUAAUCAAGGAGAAUGGAACUCCAGGAGAGGCUGUGUGUAGAGUUAUCAAAGAAAGAAAAGUUGAUCACGUGGUAGUGGGAUCCCGUGGGUUGGGCACUGUUAGUCGUGCUCUAGUAGGGAGUGUAAGUGACUACUGUCUUCAUCAUUCCAGUGUUCCUGUGUCAGUUGUUCCACCUCCAGAUCGCUUUGAGCAUCAUGGAUUUGCCAACUUGCAUUGAUAAAGGCCAUUUACCAUAUCUAGUUAGUGACCCAGUGGUCUAGGAAAAUCUUCAAGUUACACACAACAAUGAGCUUAUUGGCAUGUGUUGGCAGUAAAGAUUGAUCUCAUAGAUAAGGUGGUGAUAUUUCUUACAUUAAUUUUUAUGUCAGCUUGGUAAUCAAAUGAUUCUUAAAGUUGUACAUUAGAAGUACUGUUGUACAGUAAGGUAAUGAUUUUUCACUGUAGGGUUGCAGUCUGAUUUCAAUAAACAAAUCAAUGGAUGAGAAAGCUUGACUUGAAUUUAAAAAAUGUUGUCAUUGUGAUCAGAAAUGUCAGUUUAAUGAUCUUCACUGCUAAUUGCUGUAAAUCUUUUCUUGGUUCCAAGAGGCUUUAUCUGCAGUUGCACAAAUUAAAGUUUACCAAACCUC